UCGUCUACCCUCUAAAUACCUCCUAUAUGCAAAAAAUGAAAUUACGCAUCAUUGGACUGUGUACACGGUGUACUAUCAUUUUUGUUAUAAGUAUGCAUAAUAACUACCAUAUUCAGUAUCUAUUACUAUCCUAAUUAUUACGAAAACCUUGGAAGAAUACAGAGAAAAAAAAACCUUUUACUUGCACGAAAACUUUUAAUAAAAAUUGAAAAAUUAGCACGUAUACGAGUGAGACGCGUUUCAGUCUACACAGAGACCAUUAUCAAUCACGAAUGAAUGAGAGGUUACAUAUUACAUAACACGUAGAAGAUCUGUAAGAGAAAUGCGUCGUAAAAAUUGAGAAGAGGGGAGAUAAACUAAGUAUACAAACAUGAGUCAAAAAUUGCGUCUUAAAUUAUGAACCAGGUAGGGGUUAAUUUAAAAGAGGUAGAAGGGAAUCGAUAACACUGUUACGCGAAACAUCGUUGACCAUAUUGACCUGUGUGGAGUUUUCAUGACGUUUAAUUUCUAUUAGUUCUAGGGUAUUGAGUCGAUGACCUUUUUCAGCGAUGUGUAGAAUCGUUAUACCGGAGUCAGGUAACAAGUUGUGGCCAGAAUUUACUUAUAAGAUGAUCAGCAAAGUUACUUUUUCCCACAUGACCAUUUUUCCAUGCUGUUAUGUGCUCAUUGAGCCUUAUUUUGAAGCUUCUCCCAGUCUGGCCAAUAUAUAGGUAGCAGAGCAGUUGUUGCAUGAAAGUCUGUAAACACCACUCUUCUCCAUCUUGGGGAUUUUAUCCUUACAAGGGAACCCUCCGACAUGAUAAUCUCCGAUUUGAAUGAAACUUGGACUGGUGGAAAGAGGACCUCAAAAAACCCCCAUCCCCCAAUUUUCAGCUGCUGAAGUUGAUUUUUAGAUUUUUGACGAGCGUUUGAUGUUUUGUGUACACAGGUAAAGUGUUCUGUAAAUUAGAAAAAUGGCCGUUUCUCCCCACCGCAUGAACUUCAGCAGCUGAAAUUUUGGUCAAAGGGUCUAUGCUUGAUACCUAAUUCACUAAUACUACCGCCGGCCGGAUCUGGAAUUAUUAUCAGAAAUCGAAUUUUUUGCCCAAUUGCUGGUUUUUAAAUGCCAUUGAAAAAUUUGAAAAAUGAUCGAGUCAAUUAAGCUCUUCUAAUCAACUUCAAGGGCUCAAAUUUUGGUCAAACAGUCUCUGCCGAAUACCAAAUCGACUCAUGCCAUCAUUGGCCGGAUCCGGCCAUCCGUUCAGGAAACAAGAUUUUUUACUGUUUUUUCCCAUGUUAUGAAUGAAUUCAAAAAAUGGCCAUUUCUCUCCACCACAUGAACUUCAGCAGCUGAAAUUUUGGCCAAAGGGUCUCUGCUUGAUACCUAAUCGAUACGUACUACCGUCGGUCAAAUCUGGAAUUAUCAUCAGAAAUCGAAUUUUUUGACACAUAACAUGAGAAAAAGUAUAAAAAAUACACAAAACUUCACACGCUCGCCAAAAAUAGAAAAAUCAACUUCAGCAGCUGAAAAUUUAGGGAUGGGGGUUUUUUGAGGUCCUCUUUCCACCUGUCCAAGUUUCAUUCAAAUCGGAGAUUAUCAUGUGGGAGGGUUCCCUUGUUAGCAUUACAUAGUAACGACCCUAGGGAAUUUGUUGAUGUGUAGGAGAUUUGAGACUCAUUUAUAUCAUUACUUUCGCAGACCUGAACCAACUUUGAUGUCGAAUUUGCGUGGAAAUUAAAUUUCUUGAAUUUUUUCUUCCCCUUGGGUGCUGUGUUGAUUAAGGUAGUAUUGGUGGCGAGUAACUUUUUGAAUCGUAUGCGAUUUAGUAAUUUGAAAACUAGUUUUUUUGGGUACCUAGCCAUUACUAUUAGCGAUCUGAACGAUGGUGUUGAGUUCUUUUUUGUAGGCCUUGGAUAAGUCUCAAACAAAUCACAGCUCAUUCUUUUUGUCUUUAGAUUCAUUUUUUUAAACAUUGGAUGCCAUAAUCACUUCCCUUCCUUCUGUGGAAUAUACAUAGGUAAGGUAAGUAUGUACUUAGUUACCUACUCAAUUUAUGCAUAACUAGAUAGGUACCCAAAUUAUGUAAUUAUUGUGUUCAGUCGAUAUCAGUUAUCCACAAAUCAUGUAGGUAUUAUUCUCACGCAAAAUAGUUUUAUGACGCUAUUAUUAAUUUACAAAAAUUAAUCGUGGGUAAAAUAUGCAUUUUUUUGUAUAGGUACUUAAAAACAACGUAUAGGUAGGUACUUGAAAACAAUUUUUUUCUCACCAAAAUUGCCAAUUAUAUGGUUCAAUAGUCAAGUUAACUUAGGUGAUUUUCUGUAGGAGCUAUAAACAUAAUGAUGGGAGGAUGUUUUGCAUUCAAAGCAUUUUCCUCCUAUUGUAUCAGAGAUUAUUAUAUCUACUUACCUAUGGAUUUUUUGUGUGCACUUAGUUCCACGUAGUUAACAGUACAGUUCCUGCCGACACGAUUUUUGUGCCAUAAGUUAUAAGGUGUACUUAAAUGAUGAAUCUUCAAAUAGUUUUAGUUUACUUUCUUGUAGUUGAUUGGUGGUUUUGCGAAACGGCAUCACUUGAAAAUGGAACAAAAAACUCCACAAGUGAAAAGAGAUUGUUUUGUGGAAAUGAUAUUGGAAACGAAAGUUUUCAAACCAGUGAAUUUGAAUCAGCAUUACCUCGAAAAAAAUGGAUUUCAGAGUUGUUCUACGAGGCUCAAACGGCAUUUAGAUUGAAUCCUAAUGUGAAUGUCGAAUGCAAGAGAGAUUUCAAUUUCUUCAAGUUACACAUUCGUAAUCAGUCAACGUGGGCUGUCAAAAGGUUCAUCUCGUGUUGUUUUCAUCGAAGGUGUUUGUUUCUUCUCGACUUUUUUUUGAUUUUGAUUUCCUGUGUUCUAAAGAAGAAGAAAAAAUGGCUUCAAAUAAUUCCUCUACGUCUACGUCUACAUCAUCAUCGUCAUCUUCAAGCUUAACCAUGACAAACAAUCCAGUUGAAUAUCGUUUUACUGCUAGCUGCCCCGAUUUCGUUGCGCAGGAUAUAAUUUACAUACUGGAAAAUAUAUUUGACGAAUCGUCAUGGAUGAAUGUCAAGAUAGAGGAAAAAGGAGAACAUACAGUAGAAUUUACAAUUCCUUUUCCGGUUAAAUUGCAGACCGUCAUAAAAAAAGUAACAGAGGCAGGUUUUGAAAACCUAUCAAUUAAUACCAUAAAUGUAUCGGAAGUGUCCAGGAAACGAUUUUUAGAGUUAAAAACUCUGCAACAAAAAAAACGCAAGUUGAUGAACAGAAUGCUUAUACGUGAAGGAGGUGAAGAAGAAGUCAAUGAUGGAAACUGAAAAAAAAUUUGUUGAUCUACUUACUGAUUUUAUUCAACUUGUAAUUCCAUGUUUUCUUUAAAUUAUUAUUUUUUUUUUUUCAUUGAAAAUACAUAAUGAAUACUUCUGAGAA